AUGGGCAGUCAAAUCGUUGCUCGACUAAACAUAAGUUUGACAAUGACCCCGGUGCUCUUUUUGUUCUUGUUAUAUCUUUCAGCUGUGUGUGGGACUACAGAGGAUGUUGCAGAGGACGAAGACGCGCUUCACCUAGAAUACACACAACUUCACUGGUGCCACACUCCACGCCUCGCCAAUGGCGAACUGACCUGCCACUCCCCCCGAAGCCGAACAUACCGGACCACCCAGGGGACACGUUGCAACAUGGUGUGCGACAGGGGCUACCGCCUGAUAGGCCAGAGUUCCAUCCAGUGUCUCGCCAACCGCCGUUGGUCUGGGACUGCGAUGUGCCGCAAGAUGAGAUGCGGUGUGUUGCCCCUAAUCCCGCACGGCAGAUACACGUGCACUCAAGGGUUCGUGGUGGACUCCAGGUGCGACUUCACCUGCGCCCAAGGCUACCGAAUUGAGGGCGAGCACAGCCGCACGUGUCUGCACGGGGGUGCGUGGAGUGGAUCGCAGCCUAUCUGCUCAGAUACAGAACCUCCGAAAAUCAGGUGUCCGCUAUCGAGAAUCAAAAUAGCAGAACCUGGAAAACUGACCGCCAGAGUGAGUUGGGAUGCACCAGUUGCCACGGACACAGCUGAUAAAGUACUCGACGUGAUCCUAGUGGGCCAGGAGCCCGGCACUGACUUCAAGGAGGGAGUCAAUAUUGUUCGUUACAAAGUGUACGAUCAAGCGAGGAACAGAGCCGCCUGCAAGUUUAUCGUCCGGGUUGAAGUGAGGAGAUGCCCCGCCCUGUCUCCCCCAUUACACGGGUCCCUCACCUGCUCCUCCGACAUCACCAACUACGGCGCUGUGUGCGAGUACGCCUGCGACGGCGGGUACGAGCGCAGGGGCGUUGCCAGCCGGGUUUGCCAGUUCGAUCGCAACUGGAGCGACGGGCCCGCGGAGUGCGUCGCCAUGGAGAUCGAAGCAAACGUGCAAACGGCAUCGGCUCUGCUACGUCAGUUUUUCCAGAAGCGGCGACUCCUCAUUUUGUCCGCGCCCGACAUCGCCGACCCAGAGUACCAGCUGCAGAACAUCAUGAUACAAAAAGCAGACUGCGGAUUAGAGCUGCGCCACGUGACGCUCAUAGAGUUGCUGGGCUCUCCGCCGCAAGAGACCGGACGUAUUAAGGAGAACAACUUGACCUCAGUAGUUGUCGACGAGUUGAGGUUAACAUUCCGAAUCUCCAGGCAGUAUUUCAGCAUGGUGCUAGUGGACAAAAUGGGUCUGGAUCGGGAGCGUUUCAUCAACCCGAUCGCGUCGGAGGAGCUCUUCUCCUACAUUGACAGCUUUGUGCUGGACGAAGAGGAGCGGGAGAAGCUGGAGCUCCAUAGGGACUUCUGUGAUUCAUAA